AUGCGCAACCCGAACCGAACCGACGCUGCUGUCCUGUCGCUGACUAUGAACCAAGUGAAUCGGUCCAGCUCUCCCCCCCUGUGCAGCCCCCUCCUCCCCUCCUGCCCCCCUCCCCUCGAUCUAUCUCUCAACGCAAUCAUACGUGAUAGAGGACUGCCUCUGACACUCGCUCCUCCAAACCAAAGCCGACCAAAGAUAGAUGCCGGGAGAAGUGUUAUUGCACCGCAGCUGUCUGGCUGA